CGCGCCGUUCCGUGCCGUGCCGCCCGGCACCUGCUCCGCAGCCCGCGGGGAGCGCGCCGCCUGACGCGGGCCCGGACCCCCGUCCAGCUCUGCCACGGCCGCCCGCCCCGCAGACCUGCGCGCCGCAGCCAGAGGGAUGGUGGUAGUCACGGGGCAAAGCAGGGCGAGCGCGGACCCGGAUGAUGCCAUGUCGAGCUCGGAGGCAGAGGAUGACUUUCAGGAGCCGGCCACUCCCACCGCCACCCAGGCGGGGCCGGCGCUGCCGCUGCGGCCUCAGCAGUUUCCAGAAGUCGUCCCACUAAACGUGGGUGGUAUGUAUUUCACAACAAGGCUGUCAACGCUGAGGCGUUACGAGGACACAAUGUUGGCAGCAAUGUUCAGUGGGAGACACUACAUCCCAACAGAUGCUGAAGGCAGAUACUUUAUUGACAGAGACGGAACCUACUUUGGAGACAUACUUAACUUUCUACGAUCUGGUGACCUGCCACCGAGGGAAAGAGUGAGGCCAGUUUACAAGGAGGCUCAGUAUUAUUCCAUAGGACCAUUGCUAGACCAUCUGGAGGAUGUCCAGCCUCUCAAAGGAGAAAAAGUGCGACAGGCUUUCCUGGGCCUAAUGCCAUAUUACAAAGACCAUCUGGAACGGAUAAUCGAAAUAGCAAAGCUCAGAGCUAUGCAGAGAAAAGCGAGAUUCGCUAAACUGAAGGUGUGUGUCUUCAAAGAGGAGAUGCCCAUCACUCCCUACGAGUGCCCCCACUUCAACUCCUUACGCUUCGAGAGGAGCGAGAGCGAGACAAAGCUGUUUGAACACCACUGCGAAGUCGACGUGUCUUUCGGCCCCUGGGAGGCCGUGGCUGACGUGUACGACCUCCUGCACUGCAUCGUGUCAGACCUGUCUGCCAGAGGCAUCACUGUGGACCACCAGUGCAUCGGCGUGUGCGACAAGCACCUGGUCAACCACUACUACUGCAAGCGCCCCAUCUACGAGUUCAAGAUCACUUGGUGGUGAGUCGUCCUGGCUGGAAUGGUGCAGGUGUGCAGGGCAUAGAAGGACUUCGAGAUGACAACUGCUGUUGAUGUUUCUGCAUCGUGUCUCUGGAAGUGCAGCACUGCUGUGACAGACACUGGGAGCUGUCUGCUGCGGUGCUGGCCCACGCGGAGCUGCUCAGCAAAAAGGGACACAGAGCCCUCUGGAACCCAACGACCAGCCCGAAACGAGACGGACGGUUGGCUCAGGUACCUUAACAAGGCACAAAGCAAAAUCACCUCAUGGAAAUUAGAGAGGAGUGUCUUAACAUCUUUUGGAGGGUGUCCCCUAGCCCGUGGCUGCGGGGUCGGGGUCAGCAGAGUGGGUGUGUGCUGAUCCCACCCGUGGUGUUCCAAAGCCGCGGUGCUCACCUACUGCCGUUGAGUUUUACCCACCUAGGAACGGUUCAGCCUCUGUUUUACACCUACCACCCUAUACAAUUGAGCAACACCCAUCACAGAGAGUCUGGAAACGUAAUUGUGAUGUAAUAGAUGAUAACAGAAAAAGAGUAUUCCCUCUAUGUUCUUAAUCGUUGUCCCAGUUCCGAUGGAUUCCUGUUUUAAUGAAGUCUGCAUCAUGAAUGAUGUUAUCAUGUUUCAGUUAUUUUCAUUGUUACAAAAAGCAGAUUUGGAAUAUGUUCCAUAAUGCUUUUGGGAAUAAUAACUGGUCAUGGGAGACUUGUGCCUGUUUUUAGCCUUAGAAAUUCUAAAUGUUUACAGUAUCUACAAACAAAAGAAGCUCUGUAGAGUAGAGUCAGGUCAUUUACAGAGGUCUUUUGGUAAAUGAGCAAACCCUCUAUGUACAUGUUCCUGUUAGCAGAAGUAAGAGGAAUAUUUAAUGUAUAUCAUUUUAUUACUGACUCUUUUUACAGUCUGUGAUAUUAAACUUUUGUUCUAGAGUCAAGUGAUGAUACUAGACCUGUCCUUCCUUCACCUCGCCUUCCUCAGACAAUGACACUUCAUUUUUAGCAUUCCUGUUGACUCUUCCUGCUGUAGUAUCAGGGGAAAAAAAAGCCAGUCUUCAUGUUCAGGUGUUUCUCUACUGAUAACCCAGUGUGUCUGGCAGGAAAUUUCUUUCCCCCCCUGAAAGAGGCAGCUACUGCAGAAUCACGUUCUUCUCAGGUGAUUGUUGCACUUCUGACACCAGUAACCACAUCCCAAAGGGGAAUUGCUCCAUGAGCAAAACUGGAAGUUCAGAUCUAAACAUCUGAAGAUAUGACUGGUCUGUCAGGUACAGAAAACUCAAGUGUUUUUCUAAGAGACCCCACUAGAAGUGGCCUCAAAAUAAUCUUGAAGAGAGAGGAAAGUAAAUGUUUGUGUUUUGCAUUCCACUGGAUUAGUUAAUCCAAGAAUACUGCUUGGCCAAGCUGUUGACCAAAACACUGGAGGACUGUGUUAAUUACAAUGAUGAAGAUUCUCAGUUCUCACGUUUUUUGAUGUUUUGAAUAAUUCUAAGAACUUUAUGAUCUUGGCAAGUUAUUUGCAUUGUCAUGCUUUGAUGCCUUUGAUGUGGGAUUUGUUAGUGAGUUGUGUCUCUGAGGUGGGAGCGUAUAGCUCUAGUGGGAGCUCAUCAAAUGUUUGCCUACAGAGGGUUGUUGUCAAGUGCCAAGUGCCAGGUCCAGAGCUUAAAUUUUGAAGUGGAGAGGAGGAGGAAAUGAUGGGCAUUUAGAUCAUAAGUUCAUUUGAAUUGUUUUCUUAAAUAUUGGCCUUUGUGUUCCAAGUUUUGUACCUCUGUUCAACAAGCCAAAAUUAAAAGGCAAACUGAGGCUGGUGACGUUUCCCUCGGCUGAGAUGAAGUUUCCACACUUUCUUUACUGCUCUACUGGCUUCAUUUUGUUAUUAUUUUGGUUUGGUUUUUUAAGGAAUCUUAAACUGCAAACCAUGAUUUCUAAUGCAAUGGCUUAAAAUCAUAAAGCUGAGUUUUGGCUGCUGCUAUGCUUCAGACAUUGAAAUUCGGGAUUUUCAGCAUUGGUUUGUUUAUUAUUGGCUUAUCUGAUGGGUUUUGCCACUUCCCAUGUGCACAUUGGCACGGGCCAGAACUCUGGUCUGGGUUUCAGCCCUGCUUGCAGCAGUGGAGCUCAGUCUGAUUGAACAGUGUGGGGUUUGGUUUGGCUCGAAGAAGUUUUCUGCUGUUAUUCUAGAGAUGCUGUAAUGACAAAAUUCACUUUUCAUUCACCUUUGCUGUUCCUUAACAUGUACAUACUGAUAUUUUGGGGGUUUUUAACCAAAAAGCUGAAACAAAAACCUGUCUGUA